GGACAGGCUCGGGGACACGCACAGGGACACCUCCCUGGCGGCGCGGCGGCCCCGGGGGCGGUGGCGUGUCCGUGGCCAGUGUCGCUGGCGGUGCCGCAGGCUCCUCCCGCCGCACCGGGGCCCGGCCGGUUCUCGGCUGCUCUCCCCCGCCGGCGGUGCCGCCCGGGCCGGCGGUGCCCGCUCCCUGCGAGCCCCAGGAUGCAUCAGCAGGACAUUGCCAAGGUCUGGCAGGACUGACCCACAGAACUGUACCAGAGGAGCAGAACCCAGAGGAGUGGAGAGUGCUGAGCCUGGGCUGAGCACACCAUGGGGGCAAACACCUCCAGCAAGUCACCGCCCUUGGAUGGGAAUGAGGAAGUUACCUUCGACCAUUUUGAGAUUUUGCGAGCUAUUGGGAAGGGCAGCUUUGGAAAAGUCUGCGUGGUGCAAAAGACUGACACCAAGAAGAUGUAUGCCAUGAAAUACAUGAACAAACAGAAGUGUGUGGAGCGUAAUGAAGUGAGAAAUGUUUUCAAGGAGCUGCAGAUUAUGCAGGGCCUGGAACACCCUUUCUUGGUUAAUUUAUGGUACUCAUUCCAGGAUGAAGAGGAUAUGUUCAUGGUGGUCGACCUGCUGCUCGGAGGGGACCUGCGCUACCACCUCCAACAAAACGUGCGGUUCCAGGAGGGAACUGUGAAACUCUUCAUCUGCGAGCUGGUGCUGGCCCUUGACUACUUGCAGAGCAGGCACAUCAUCCACAGAGAUAUCAAGCCCGACAACAUUUUGCUGGAUGAGCACGGACACGUGCACAUCACUGAUUUCAACAUCGCCACGAUGCUGACGAAGGACAGCCCUGUCACCACCAUCGCUGGCACGAAGCCCUACAUGGCACCUGAAAUGUUCAGCUCCACAAAACCCACCAGCUACUCCUUUGCCGUGGACUGGUGGUCUCUGGGAGUCACUGCCUACGAGCUGCUCAGAACUCGGAGGCCGUACCACAUUCGGUCCAACGCUUCCACGACUGAAGCGGCUCAGGUGUUCAGGACAGCUGCCGUGGUGUACCCGGCCGCCUGGCGCCCGGACAUGGUGGCGCUGAUCAGGAAGUUGCUCGAGCUGAACCCCAAGAAACGUUUUUCUCAGCUGAAGGACAUCCAGUCCUUCCCGUACCUGUCUGACGUGAACUGGGAUGCUGUUCUCCAGAAAAGAAUAAUUCCAGAAUUCAUUCCCAUGAAAGGCAGACUGAACUGUGACCCAACCUUUGAACUGGAAGAAAUGAUCCUGGAAUCCAAACCUCUUCACAAAAAAAAAAAGCGCUUGGCUAAGAAGGAGAAAGACACAAGCAGAAGCAAUUCAUCCCAGGCCAGCCACCUUCAGAAGCACCUGGAAAUACUCCAGAGGGACUUCAUUGUUUUCAACAGAGAAAAGGUAAGACCCCACCAUGACAGCAUCCAAGAGACCAUGACAAAAAGUGGAGGCCCACACAAGGAGGACAAUCAGAACAACAACCUCUGAGAACAGCUCAGCCCCUGCAGGGGACCUCCUCAUGGGACUGGGGCUCACCCACCCAUGCACCUCCACAACAUCAGGCUGUAGACUUGUCCUCUGCUGCUGGGACCCUGCCACUAGCCCAGGGCACAGAGGAGAGCUGGGGCACCCCCUCCCUCAGCUUUCCCCCCACAGCCAGAGGGUCCCGAGCACGGGGGAGAGGCUGUGGGGGCUGCCUUGGAAUUGGCCACAGUUGGUGAGACUCAGAUCCUGCUAUGUUGCCUUUCCUGGGGCAGGAGGCUGGAGAUGAGCUCCUUCCUUAGCUGGGAGGAGGCAGCAAAGCUGUUCUGCCCAUUCAGUGCUCUCUCUAUGUACCCAGCAGGGCUGGCAUGGUGGGUGGCCAUGUGGACAGAUGUGGACUGUGACAACUAGGUGAUGGUGAAUCCAGGUGCUUUGUAGUGCUUUACCAAUCUAGCCUGAAAAAUGCAUUCACCAUCAUGUUAAAACUGCUGCAGCUCACUGAAUCUGGUGGGGUUUGGCU